AUGCCCCCAGCUUCCGCAUCCAAGGCCAAAAGAGAGGCCAAGAAGGCCGAGAGAGACGCCAAGAGAGCCGCCGAGGGUAAAACCGUGCGUGCCUCGAAGAAAAAGGACGACGUCGAGGACUCAGCAGAGGCAACCGCGCGCGAAGUCGCGCAAAUGAAACUACAGCUCGACAAAGACGGUAUCUCGGACCGUGUGGUCACCGGUGUGCUAGACUCGCUGGAGACGUCGCGUGAUGUGAAGCUCUCCUCGGUGUCGCUGCUUUUCCAUGGUAAAGUUUUGAUCCAGGACUCGCAAGUCGAACUCAACUACGGCCGUCGUUACGGCCUUUUGGGUGAAAACGGCUGUGGUAAGUCCACUUUUUUAAAGUCACUCGCCACCCGUGAGUAUCCAAUUCCCGAACACAUCGACGUAUACCUGCUGGACGAGCCUGCCGAGCCAUCGGAGUUCUCUGCUUUGGAGUACGUUGUCAACGAAGCUCAACACGAACUUAAACGUCUAGAAGAUUUGGUUGAAAAGACCAUUCUCGAGGACGGCCCUGAGUCUGACGUUCUAGAAGGUAUCUACGAACGUAUGGACUCUUUGGACCCUUCCACUUUCGAAAGCAGAGCCGCCGUCAUCUUGAUCGGUCUGGGUUUCAACUCCAAGACUAUCAACAAGAAGACCAAAGACAUGUCUGGUGGAUGGAAAAUGCGUGUUGCCCUUGCCAAAGCUUUGUUCGUCAAGCCAACCCUUCUGCUGCUGGAUGACCCAACGGCCCAUUUGGAUCUAGAAGCCUGUGUGUGGUUGGAAGAGUAUUUGAAGAGAUUCGACAGGACUUUGGUUCUUGUCUCCCACUCUCAGGAUUUCUUGAACGGUGUCUGCUCUAACAUGAUUGACAUGCGUAUGCAAAGAUUGAUCGCAUACGGUGGUAACUUCGACUCUUACGUCAAGACCCGUAGCGAACAAGAGACCAACCAAAUGAAGCAAUAUGCCAAACAACAAGAAGAAAUUGCACACAUUAAGAAAUUCAUUGCUUCUGCCGGUACUUACGCCAAUUUGGUCAGACAGGCCAAGUCCAGACAAAAGAUUCUAGACAAGAUGGAGGCCGAUGGUCUGAUCGAACCUGUCGUUCCAGACAAGGUUUUCUCGUUCCGUUUCCCAGAAGUGGAAAGAUUGCCCCCUCCAGUUUUGGCUUUCGACGACAUAUCUUUUGCUUACGACGGUAAAGCCGAGAACAACCUUUACGAACAUUUGAACUUUGGUGUUGAUAUGGACUCCAGAGUGGCCCUUGUCGGACCUAACGGUGUGGGUAAAUCCACUCUUCUAAAAAUCAUGACCGGUGAAUUGUCCGCUCAAUCUGGUCGUGUCUCCCGUCACACGCACGUUAAACUAGGUGUCUACUCUCAGCAUUCUCAAGAUCAAUUGGAUUUGAGUAAAACUCCUUUGGAAUUUGUUCGUGACAAAUAUUCUAGCAUCUCUCAGGAUUUCCAAUACUGGAGAGGCCAAUUGGGUCGUUACGGUUUAACCGGUGAGGCCCAAACAUCGCAAAUGGGUACAUUGUCCGAAGGUCAACGUUCUCGUGUCGUUUUCGCCAUGCUAGCUCUACAAGCUCCAAAUGUCUUGCUGCUGGACGAACCUACUAACGGUUUGGAUAUUGCAACUAUCGACUCUUUGGCAGAGGCUAUCAACGACUUCAAUGGUGGUGUAGUAGUGGUGUCGCACGAUUUCAGAUUGUUGGACAAGAUUGCGCAGGACAUUUUUGUUGUUGAAGACAAAACUGCCACUAGAUGGAAUGGCUCUAUCUUGGACUACAAGAACAAGUUGGCCAAGAACGUUGUUUUAUAA